GAUGGAUCCAAAAUCGAAGUCGGAUCCGUCCCCCGCUUGCGAAGAAGGGUUUUGAGGUUUUCGCAGCGUCUGCAGUUUCGUCGCCAGUCUCUUCUUCCUCACACCCAAAGAUGAAGCUCGUCAGGUUUUUGAUGAAGCUGAACAAUGAAACUGUGUCGAUCGAGCUGAAGAACGGGACUGUGGUCCAUGGAACCAUCACUGGUGUUGAUGUGAGCAUGAAUACUCACUUGAAGACUGUUAAAAUGACCCUGAAGGGGAAGAACCCAGUGACAAUGGACCAUCUAAGCUUGAGGGGUAACAACAUCCGCUACUACAUUCUUCCUGAUAGCUUGAACCUCGAGACUUUGCUUGUGGAAGACACUCCUCGAGUCAAGCCUAAGAAGCCUGUUGCUGGGAAACCUGUUGGACGAGGCCGUGGACGUGGUGGUCGUGGGCGUGGUGGUGCUGGUCGUGGCAGAGGUCGUUAAGUGCAGCAGUGCAAUGGAAAAUGUUGGAGGCGAGUGAGUUGAAUUUUUAGGAAGUGGAAACCCUUUGGUGUCUAGUGAGAAUGUACUGAACUAUGUAUUUAGGAACCUCUUGAAGAGGAAACAUCUGUUAUGAAGUUACUUAUGUAAUGCGACUCUAUGGAUAAGAAGAUUUAGCGUUUCAUUUCAUAA